CCAACCCUCUCUCCCCAUCUCCUCCUCCUCCUCCUCCUCUUCCCCCAAACGGCCAAACCCACACUCCAAAUCGCCGCGCCUCCCAUUCGGCCCCCGAUCGACUCUUUCUCGCCGAAACACCUCCUUCUCCAUUAAUUAGGGUUUCCAUUUAUCCGUUUAUUGCCCCUAAUUUUCAUCCCCUUUGGAAAGAUAUCCGAAGAGUAUGCGUGGAUACAUAUGGAGAGCAGCUCGCCGAUCUCUUGAUUCUCCGAAUGUUCGCGAAGCGCGACGAAAAGCACAAGCAAAGCCUACUGCUAGAUUACAGUCGACGUCCCACACCGAUGGCUCUCAUGAUUAUGAUCAUUUUGGAUGGAGAGCAAAGUUGGUGAGUAGAUUUGCACAGCUACAAGUUGUCAAUGCUCUUCGUCGAGGAGAAAGAGAGCAAGCCUCGAUGAUGCUUUUGAAUCUAGGUCAUGCGAGUGGCUGUUUAACUGCUCAAGAUUUUUCUUAUAUUCUUGAAUACUGUGCAGAUACUGCUGAUCCUUUGUUUGUUCUGGAGACAUGGAAAGUCAUGGAGCAAAAUGCAAUAGAUCCGAAUAAAAGUUGUUGCAGAUCCAUCAUCCAAGCCUUCACCAAAGGAGGAUACCUUAAGGAGGCACUUAAUUGGCUGGCUUUUCUUGGGGAAAAUGACCGUGUGUGCAGUUCUCUUUCAAUGUUUAAUAUUUUCUUAAGUGUAUGUGGAAGUACACACAAUCGGAAUUAUGCUGAGGCCUGCUUGGAGAAAAUGGAAAGCCACCUUCUAGGGAAGUCUGAAAUAACUUAUUGGGAACUUCUUAAGCUUGCUGUGUUGCAGAAAAAUCUUUCUGCAGUUUAUGAGAUAUGGGAGGAUUGCACUAGGUACUAUAACCCAAGCAUCAUAACACUACGAAAAUUUAUACAGGCCCUCACUAGAUUAGGUGAUCUAGAAUCUGCACACAAGACAUUGCAAUAUAUGGUGACCCUUGCUGGGCAAAACAGUGCCACUCUUACAGUUUCUGCCAAAAGGCGGUACCAAUCAUCAAGAUUAGAUAUUCCUAUUCCUGCAAUGAAUGAUUUAUCAGGACUCAGAUUUUUCUCACAUGCAAAUUUGCCCUUGCCAGCGUUUCAAGUAAACCAUGAAAAGCAAGAAGUUGUUGAUUUUUCUCACUCAGAAAUUGCUUUCAACGAGCUAGAUAAGGUGGAAAGUGAAUUUUACAUUGAAAGUACUGCACAGAUGUUGGAAAAGGCAUCUAUACCAACUAAGAAUUUCUUGAGAUGGUCUUAUAAUGAUAUGAUACAUGCCUGUGCACGGUUUAAUAACUGCCAGUUAGCUGAGCAGUUGUUUUUGCAGAUGCGCGAAGUUGGAUUGCUACCUUCAAGAUAUACUUAUGAUGGCUUUGUUAAAGCUGUUAUUACUGGGAAAGGAGUAACAUAUGGCAUGAAAGUGGUUGAAUCAAUGGAAAAAAAGAAUAUUGAGCUUUAUAACGAUACACUUGCUGCUCUCUCAAUUGGUCAUAGCAGAAAUUUAGAUCUGGAUUUGGCCGAGUCCUGUCUGGAAAAGCUCUCGGAUAGUCUACCAAAAUUCAUCAAUCCCUUUAAUGCCUUACUUGCUGCCUGUGAUGUUAUGAAUGAACCAGAACGGGCAGUCCGUAUAGUAGCCAGGAUAAAGCAUUUCAAUAUCAAAUUAAAUAUCAGAACCUAUGAGCUUAUGUUUUCAUUGUUUGCCAAUGUCAAUGUCCCUUACGAGAAAGGAAAUAUGCUAUCACAUGCUGAUGUUGCUAGAAGGAUACACCUCAUUGAGAUGGACAUGUUGAAGAAUGGAAUUCAACACAGCUUUGUGUCAAUGAAGAAUCUGAUAAGAGCUGUUGGAGCUGAGGGCAUGAUACAGGAGAUGCUGCGCUACUUAAAUGUUGCUGAGAACAUGUUAUGGCACAUAGAUCCUUAUCAGAACAGUGAUAUGUAUAACACUGUCCUGCAUGCGCUAGUUAAGUCUAAGGAUACACACACAGCUAUCAGAGUCUUUAAGAAUAUGAGGGCCUGCGGUCUCCCAGCCAAUGUUGCAAUAUACAACAUUAUGAUUGAAUGUUGCAGUAUGCUGACUUGUUUUAGAUCUGCUUGUGCUUUGCUGUCCCUGAUGUAUCGGGAUGGUUUUUGUCCGCAAACUUUGACAUACACUGCACUUAUGAAGGUCCUAUUGGCAAAUGAAGAGUUUGAUGGUGCAAUGAGCCUUUUGGAUAAAGCGAAGGAUGAAGGAAUUCAGCUUGACGUCCAGUUAUUUAACACAAUACUUCGAGAAGCAUAUGCAAAAGGACGACUUCAUAUAAUUGAGCAUGUUAUUGAGCGUAUGCAUAGAGAGAAAAUCCAACCUGAUCCUUCAACUCUGUGGUACACAUUCUCUGCAUAUGUGGAGUGUGAGUUGCAUACUACAGCAAUGGAGGCAUUGCAGGUCUUAAGCAUCCGAAUGAUCUCUGAAGAUAUUCUUUGCGAAAAGAGGGCUUCUUUGGAGGAUCUUGUCCACAGUGAAGACCCAGAUGCCGAAUUAAAAAUCAUCAAUGCAUUUAAAGCAUCUGAAGAGUUUCUCGCAACAGCUCUCCUUAAUCUCAGAUGGUGUGCUGUUCUUGGUUCGUCAAUAUCCUGGUCACCUGAGGAGAGUUUUUGGGCACGAAGGCUUGCUGCUUCUUAUGGCUCUCUUAAAGGUCCGUACUGGUCCUGAAGACUAAUGAUAAUUACGAAAAAUGGCAGAAUGUCAGCGGGCGGGAUAUAUUUGUCGUGCACCUGGUGCAGGCGAUGAUUUCAUUACAUCCAGCGACGGGGAUGAAAACGUCUAUAUACGAGCCAUUAGGAAUAUUCUCAUCUAGCCCUUCAGUAAUGCCGAUUCUUUGUCUUCCAGUUUAAGUAUUUGGGUGUUCUCGGUGAAUGUGCUGAUGGUAUGACAAGGGUGGAAAGCAGCUUUCUAGUUCUUUGCCGCAUAUUCCUUCAUUUUGGAGCUGAUUUUCAUGUGUCAUUUUGGAGCUGAUUUUCAACAUGAUUGAUCGUGUUGUCGACUGUUACUUAGCCUGCACAAUCACCAAAUAAUAGGUGCAGUUGUAAUGGUACCAUCCUGGGUUCGAGUUUCCACAGGAGCCGCUUCAUUUAACUACCAUUAAAUGCCGACCCAAUGAGGCAUAACCAAAAAAUAGUCUCUUUGUAAUUUGGGGCUCUGAAACCACUAUACAUUAGCUGUCAUUCUUAUACUAACAACAAUUGCAAAUAAACCGCCAGGUGUACAGUAGAAGGGAGAAGUACUGAGUUAUUUGUUAUCGUUUGAGUGUAAUUUUCCUGUGUAAUUUUCUGCUCGUUGCUUCAUUACUUUAUUUGGCUGCUCAAUCAUGUAUCUCUAUUUGAAACCGGCAAUCUAGUGUGUUCCAACUAAACUGUUGUUCUAACUUAACUGUAUGCAUUAUUACAGGUUGGAUGUUAGUAACAAAAUCAAAAUGGUAAGUUUGGUGAA